AUGCAGCUCACUCGACUCGAGAACUCUUCUGUUUUGUUGCUAUUUGUUAAACAUAUCAUUAUUAAUUUCAUUGCCAACUUUGCUGCUACCGGAGAGUACACUCCUUUACAAAGAGCAGAAUGGAUCAAGUUCUUGGGGGCUUUUGCAAAUUUGGAAAAUAGAGCAAAUCAAGUCUACAAAACGGUAAAAGACAAUUAUUCAUGCCUAACUAAAGUUGCAGAGGCCAAGGAAAAAACAUUCAAACCAAUAGUGGCAUGGAUGGAAUACCAGAAUGGAAUAUGGUCUUUCACAAAGGGAUUAUAUAAGUUAAAGUAUGUAGAAGAUGCAGAAGGAGAAAAUGUAGACGCCUCCAUUAACAAGAUUACAUAUAACAUCUCUAAUCCUGAUGAUAUUGAAGACUUGCAUGCUAUCCUAUGUACGGUGGAUGUUGUAAUAGAUGAAACAUAUGGUUGGGAUACAGUUGGGUACAAUGAGACAGCAUUCCUCCAAAACAUAAACAUCGAAGAUCAUUGGAAAAGAAUGACGUAUCAUUCUUGUUCUGGAUUUAUUACAAACCAAAGCUUAUGGAGAUAUAAUAAGAGAAUCCAAAAUUUAACUACCCUUGAUUGGUUGGAUGGUGCCGUCUCUCAACCCCAACUGGUUUUAGCUGAUCUUAUUGAGAUUUUGUUCCCAACCGGAAACUACACCACCGCUUACUUUAGAAAUCUUGCAAAGGGAGAAGGUGUUGUAAGAGUUGAGCCCAGCAUGUGCCAAAGGGAUUUCUCUACACCAUUGGAUCCCACAGUUCUUCCUUGCCCUUGAUUUUUUUGUUUCAUACUCAAUUUUGGUGUUCUGACUAUUUUUCAUCUCUUUAGUGGUUAUGGUGAUAUAUCUGAUCUAUUGGGUUUUCAAUAUGAAAUGAUUAGAUUUAAAUAAAUUAGUCUUUG